UUUGGCGGGCAAAUUGGCAACUGUCUUCUUUAUUUCGUUCGUCGCGUUUCUGGCUUUGGGGUCGGGAAGUCGAUCAAAUCGACGAUGUCGGAAUUACCAGAAGUGAAUUCGCUAUUCGCUGCCCUCGCAUCGAAGCUCCAAGAGGGCGAAGCUACGGCUGAAGAUGACGAUCGAAACCUUGAUAAUGCCGUUCGUAAUUUCAACAUGUGGCUCAACCUUUCCGAAACCAACCCUAAAGUCCAGGUUUUGGACACUGCACUCUCUCUUAUGUGCUUCACCGCUCCGCAGGUCUUCAAUUCGAUGAUUGAGUUCAUGGUGAGAACAAUUGUUACGGUUCUUUCUUCAUCAGUUGAAUGCGAGGUUGUAAAGUGGGGCAAUGAGGAAAGUAUACAGGUCUGCCGGUCGAUUUUUGGUCUGGAUUGUGUUGGAACAGUUGAAACCUGCUCUGAUAUUUUUCAAAAACUUGAAGCAUCAAGAGGAGAUCUUUCUCCUUUACUGCUUUAUGCUGUUGUAAGAGCUGCAGCUUUGGCACCAAAGUGUCAUUAUUCAGAGAAAAUGAUUAAGGUGAAAGCUAGGGGGAGAUGUAACCCUGCUUUUGCGAAGUUGCUUUGCCAUUCAUCUAGGGACUGCAUCCUCAAGAGUGGAGAAAUUCCAUUAAGGUUGCUACGGUGGAUGCUUGAUCCUAUGCUUUUAAAGAAUGAUAUAUGCCAAAUUUUACUAGAGAUCACUAGUAGACCUUUCCUUUUCUUGGAAAAGGAAUUUUAUGAGAAGACAGAUUGGAUCUCUAUUUUAACAUGUUUGGUGCUUUCUCCUACAAUGUUUAUUCAGACAAGAGCUCUACUACAUAACUGGUUUCUACUGAUGGGUCUGGCUCCUAUCUUAGAGUUUCACACUGAACUAGUCUUGCAAGUACUAGACAUUGGUUGCAGACCAAUGCGGUGGGGAAUACCUAUGGAGAUUGCAACAACACUUCCAUGUUCUCGUGUAUACUUUCCUUGUGAAAAUCAAUUAUUGAGAGUACUUUCUGGUCCACUAUCCUUGGAAAAUUUUAGGCAUUUGGUUUGUGAAGUUAUAAAACUAGACUGUGCUGUUAACAAGCUUAUAUCACCUUCCAACCAAGAUACAAAGAUUUCAAGAGUAGAUCUCAAUUCUUGUUGGGCAAUGGCAAUAAAUUUCCCCAGUUGGUUCUCUUUUGCCUCUUUUCUGCUCUUUGUUGAUGGGUGCUCUAGAGACAACUAUUAUUUGAAAUGUAUACCUUGGUUAAACAAGCCCAACCCAUCAAGUGGUACCGAUCUACCUUCUUAUUCUAUUGUUGCUGCAAGGUUUAUUGCAUGGGUUUUGAACCCUAUAGGAGAUUCUUUCCAGGAGUUAAUAGUUGAGCAUUUGACUAAACUUUCACAUGCAAGGACUCUCAAAAACUUUUAUUCUGGUAAGGGCAAUGCAGCCACUGGUGGCAACAAUAAGAAAAGUCGGAGAUCAUUAUCUGACAUUAAGGGUAACACAAGUUUUUCUGGCUUUGACUACAAAACACUGUGGCUUUGGCUUAAAGAAUUUCAAGAUAUCCAUACUAGAUACUCCAGAAAAGUUAACGACCAUUUUGCAUCAACUGAAGCAGACCAUUCACAAGGAGUUGGCUGUCAGAAAAAUGUUUUAUAUAGAAAGAUUCCGUUGGGUAUCUUGCUUAGUUAUUGUGAUAGUAUAAGCGAUGUGGAAAGUGAACUGCUUUUGCAUUACGCUGCAACUGGUACUCUCGACGAUCUGUGUGAACCAAGAGUUGGGAAAAAGCAUAUGAAGCAUAGCCGUGAAUUUACACUGACUGAAAAAUACCCAAUAAAUGAAGCUGUAGCAGGAGCCAAAAUUGUGUUUCAUCUGACUGAUGCAACUGAAAGUAUUUCAACUAAUAUGUUUGAGACUGAGGAGAAUAGACUAAAGUUUUUGUGCCAUGUGAAAGAAAAUAUUGGUAAAUAUCUGCUCAAGUGUGUCAAGAGGCUACUGCAACUCAGAGUGGAUGAUGAAUUUAGGCACCAGACCCUGAGCGAUCUCUACCUUAGGAUGAUGAGGUGGAAGCAUCAAGGGAAGGACAUCUACAGCAGUUACAAGGAUUGGGAUGAUGUCAUGGGUGCUGUUAAGUGCGCCUCCUCACCCCCAUGUUAAGAUUUAAAAAGUUUUUCUUUGCAAAAAGACAGAUUUUGAAGUGAUGGUAGAUUGUCUACCAUUUUGGCGAGAACAGAUGUUACUCUUUUGUCUAGACUUUUAGUGCUUUGGUUAGAAUUAAAGUUGUGUAAAAUGCUCUAGGUGGCACACUGGGUCUUGUUGCAUAGUCUGGGAUUCAAAAGUUAUAUGAUCA